GGUGAUUGGUUAUACCCAUGGGUGUCCGAAAUUUUGUCCGAAUUGUUUUUUAUAUAAGCCGAUUCCCACUGUCAAGGUUGCACGGGAGUUUAUAUAACUAUGAUCGCAAGUGAGAUUUCAACCCGGAACCUUUGCAGUGCCAUGAUAAAAAUGACAGAGAAAGUCAUAAAAGCAAGAGAGGCAGCAAUAUGGGGUAUGCUGGCAGCUGACGCUGUAGCCAUGCCCGUACACUGGUACUAUAAUCCUCGAGAUAUCUACGCUGGAUAUGGCGGCUGGCUGACAGGCUUCGUUGCACCAAAUAAGAAACAUCCUUCCAGUAUUUUGACUUUGUCUGCUGUUGAUGGGUCUGGUCGCACCGGCUGGAAUCCGAAAUCCCAGGCUGUUGUUGGUAAUGUGAUUUUACAUGACAAACUGAAGUUCUGGCAAUCCAAUGACAGAAGUAUCCACUAUCAUCAAGGUAUGAAAGCAGGCGAAAACACAUUGAAUGCGGUAACAGCCAUGGAAUUCCUUAAAACCAUGCAGAGGGUCGACCCAGAAGCCACAAAAUCUGAGGAAGAGGUCAGAGGGGCCGUACUGGAGGGAUAUGUGAAGUUUAUGACCACCCCCGGUUCCCAUAAUGACACAUACGCAGAGUCGUUUCAUCGCUCCUUCUUCAAGGACUGGGCAUCUGCUGAUGAGAAGUACACAACUGCAAAGGAUCUGCUAAAGUUUACAGAAAACAGAUAUAAAGAAAAAACGAAAGGGAAGUCUGACUCACAGCUUGUGGUAAUUGGUGCACUCGUCCCAGCAUUACCUUGGAUACUCAGAAACUCGCACAAAUCAGAAAACGACUGCGCAAGGUCGACCAUUGACUUUAUAAAGUGUACCCACCCGGAGCGGGCACUCACGCCAUUCAUUGACAUCUACGCGCGUCUCUUACACGCUGUGAUAAAUGGACGGGACCUCAAGCAGGAGGUAUUGCAAGCGCUCAGUCACUCAGAGCUUGGUGGCCCACGGAAACGGGAAAUAGUUCUAAGAUACGCAGAGAAUGCUGCAGCGCACCCUGCCGGCUCUACGGGUAGACUUGAGGAGUACCAAUCAGCGGUGUCUGACCUGGGUAUGGCCUGCUACAUCGAGGGGGCCCUCAGCUCCAUGCUGAUGCUGGCUUAUGCCUUCGCCGACGAUUUUGAAGGGGGCAUCCUGAUGAACGCCAACUGUGGAGGUGAGAAUUGUCACAGGGGUGCAGCGUUAGGGGCUUUACUGGGGGCACAUGCUGCCAACAAGGGGAGGGACAUACCACAGAAAUACAAAGACAGACUUUACUUCAAAGACAGUGUGAUGGACUUGUUACAACAGAUGAACAAUUCUUCAAAAAUGUAACAUUUGUUAGUUAGUUGUGUAUGGCAUUUGUAUUAGAAUCAACAAGGGAAGCUCCAUACCUCAGAAAUACAAAGAAGGCCUAUGUUGGAAAGACAGUGUUGAGGAUUUGUUGGAACAGAUGAACUAGUCUUCAAAAAUCUAAUAUUUAUGCCCCCCUUCGAAGAAGAGGGGGUAUAUUGCUUUGCUCAUGUCGGUCAGUCGGUCGGUCUGUCGGUCCGUCCACCAGGUGGUUGUCAGAUGAUAACUCAAGAACGCUUGGGCCUAGGAUCAUGAAACUUCAUAGGUACAUUGAUCAUGACUCGCAGAUGACCCCUAUUGAUUAUGAGGUCAUAGGUCAAAGGUCAAGGUAACGGUGACCCGAAAUAGUAAAAUGGUUUCCAGAUGAUAACUCAAGAAAGCUUAUGCCUAGGAUCAUGAAACUUGAUAGGUAGAUUGAUCAUGACUCGCAGAUGACCCCUAUUGAUUUUCAGGUCACAAGGUCAAAGGUCAAGGUCACGGUGACCCGAAAUAGUAAAAUGGUUUCAGGAUGAUAACUCAAGAACGCUUAGGCCUAGGAUCAUGAAACUUAAUGGGUAGAUUGAUCAUGGCUUGCUGAUGACCCCUAUUGAUUUUCAGGUCGAAGGUCAAAGGUCAAGGUCACGGUGACCCGAAAUAGUAAAAUGGUUUCCGGAUGAUAACUCAAGAACGCUUAGGCCUAGGAUCAUGAAACUUAAUAGGUACAUUGAUCAUGACUCGCAGAUGACCCCUAUUGAUUUUCAGGUCACUAGGUCAAAGGUCAAGGUCACAGUGACCCGAAAUAGUAAAAUGGUUUCCGGAUGAUAACUCAAGAACGCUUAUGGAUAGGAUCAUGAAACUUCAUAGGUACAUUAAUCAUGACUGGCAGAUAACUCCUAUUGAUUUUCAGGUCACUGGGUCAAAGGUCAAGGUCACGGUGACCCGAAAUAGUAAAAUGGUUUCCCGAUGAUAACUCAAGAACGCUUAUGGCUAGGAUCAUGAAACUUCAUAGGUACAUUGAUCAUGACUCGAAGAUGACCCCUAAAGAUUUUCAGGUCGCUAGGUCAAAGGUCAAGGUCACUGUGACAAAAACAUAUUCACACAAUGGCUGUCACUACAACUGAGAGCCCGUAUGGGGGGCAUGCAUGUUUUACAAACAGCCCUUGUUAUUAAUAACUUAUGUAUACUAUGUGUAAUAGAUUCAAUAAGGGGCAGGACGUACAACAGAAAUACAAAGAUGUAAAAACCAAUAUAUUGUUGAAUAAAACAGGCUAAGACCUUUGA